UCAAAUGUUUUAUUGCUACUUAAGCAGCUUUGCUGCCAACAAAGUACAUAGCAGUGUUGGGAAGAGAAACCAGGUUAGUUACUAUAAGUGAAUUGCAAUAUGCAAAAAUGCCAACCUUGGAUGACAUUCUAGAGCAUAUUGGGGAAUUUGACUUGUUCCAGAAACAAGUCUUUUUUGUCUUAUGCUUCGUGUCUGCUGCCUUCACCCCUAUUUACAUGGGUGUCAUCUUCCUUGGGUUCACUCCUGAACACCACUGUCUCAGUCCUGGAGUUGCUGAGUUGAGCAGCCGAUGUGGCUGGAGUCUAGAAGAGGAGCUGAACUACACUGUUCCAGAGCAGGGGAGACACGGGGAGUCUUUCUCUAGUCAAUGCAGGAGAUACGACGUGGACUGGAACACAACUGGCCUCAGCUGCAUAAACCCCUUAGAAAACUUCACCGGUUAUGGCAACAGGAGCAGUAUCCCUCUUACCCCCUGUCAAGAUGGCUGGGUUUACGAUUCUUCAGGAUCAUCCAUCGUGACUGAGUUUAACCUGGUGUGUGAGGACUCCUGGAAGGUGGAUCUCUUUCAGUCCUGUGUGAAUGCUGGCUUUUUUUUUGGAUCGGUAUACGUCGGCUACAUAGCAGACAGAUUUGGCCGUAAACUUUGCCUUAUAGUGACAAUCCUUGUAAGUUCCGCCUCUGGAGUUCUUGUGGCCUUUGCACCAAGCUACCUUUGGAUGAUGAUCUUUCGCUUCCUACAAGGACUGGUCAGCAAGGGCAGCUGGGCAGCAGGCUACAUCCUGAUCACAGAAAUUGUUGGCCCAAGCCAUAGGAAGACCGUGGGAAUUCUCUAUCAAGUGGCCUUUACAGUUGGACUUCUGCUGCUCGAUGGUGUUGCUUAUGCUAUUCCUCACUGGAGAUGGUUGCAGCUUACUGUUACUCUACCAUGCUUCCUCCUCUUGCUCUAUUACUGGUGUGUGCCUGAGUCUCCAAGGUGGCUGAUAUCUCAGAAGCAAAACGACAAGGCCAUGAAGAUUUUGGACUAUAUUGCCAAAAAGAAUGGGAAAAAGCUGCCUGCCCAUUUUCAGAAUAUUAACCUUGAAGAGGAAGGUGGGGAAAAUCUGAGAGCUUCAUUUAUGGACCUUGUCAGGACACCUCAGAUGCGGAAACACACAUUCAUUUUGAUGUAUAACUGGUUGGCCAGCUCUCUUCUGUACCAGGGGCUCAUCAUGCACAUGGCAAUGGCUGGUGGGAACAUGUAUCUGGAUUUCUUCUAUUCUGCCCUUGUUGAAUUUCCAGCUGCCUUCAUGAUCAUUCUCACAAUCAAUCGCAUUGGCCGUCGCUAUCCCUGGGCUGUGGCAACUCUGGUGGCAGGGGCUGCCUGUCUCAUUAUGGCUUUAAUCCCUGAGGAUAUUCACUGGUUAAAAGUGACUGUAGGUUGCAUUGGGAGAAUGGGAAUUACAAUGUCUAUCGAAAUGGUUUGCUUUGUGAACACUGAACUGUACCCAACAUUUUUGAGGAACCUUGGUGUAAUGGUCUGCUCUUCCUUGUGUGACGUUGGUGGGAUACUAGCCCCAUUCAUUGUCUACAGGCUGGCAGAGAUCUGGCAUGAGCUGCCACUUAUAGUUUUUGCUGUGGUUGGUUUAAUUGCUGGUGGAUUGGUGUUGUUGCUGCCUGAAACCAAAGGGAAAACGUUGCCUGAGACUAUUGACGAUGUAGAAAACUUGCAUAGGCAAGAAAACCCUAGGGAGAAAAUUAUCUACCUCCACGUGCAAACACAGGAAGUUGCACACUCCAAAUGUGAUCGGUCUUUGACACAAUAAUACAAAAAGAGUUUUUAAAUAACACACACCGUAGAACCUUGCUUCCUUUUAUGCACCUCUGAUCCCUGGUUCCACAUACUUAAGGGUUUUUUCUGCUUCAUUGUCCAAAAGGCACAGCAAGUUACCAAGUACCUUCUUCCCUCUUACCAUGUUGUAGUGUAUUUACAUUUUAGAAUAGUAGUUUUGAAACUUUUGGUUGCCAGUCACCGUAGACAACACACAUAUCUGUUCAGAUACUUGCACUGCCAUCAUCCCUGUAGUAUCUGAGUACUUAUUAAUACAGAGCUUACUUUAGGGUAUGGCUACACUGCAAUGAAACUCCAGGGUUAGUAGAACUUGAGUCAACUGACCCAUGUUAGAGAACUCUGGACUUGAAAGUCUACACUGGUUAAUUAUUAAUCCUACAUUAAGAUUUUUCUAGGGUUGAACCUGGGCUCUGGCAUCCACACUG